AUGACCAAUCUCAACAAACACCAUCAGCCGACCGACGUUCCGCUGGUUCAUGCCCAGCUCGAGCAGCUCUCCAUCGCUGAGAACAAGCCCAAGCAAGCUGCAGGGGAUCCGCCUCCCUACGACGCCCACUCCGGCCCUGUCGACCUUCAACUCCAUCACAUUCCUUCCAAAGAGGCUCUUCUCGUCAAGAUCCAGCCGCCCAAGGAGCCCGCAAAGCCAAUCAGCCAUGUGGCCUGCGACAUUGUCCUAGUGAUUGACGUCUCCGGAAGCAUGUGCGCAGCGGCCCCAGUCCCCGGCGAAGGAGGCGAAGAGACAGGUCUGUCAGUCUUGGACCUGACCAAGCAUGCGGCCUUUACAAUCAUCGAAACCAUGGACGAGAGAGAUCGUCUAGGCAUCGUCACUUUCGAGACCGAGUCCAAGGUAGUGCAGUGUCUUGAACCCAUGACAGACACCAACAAGGAGCAAGCCCGCGCGAGAAUCAAGGCCCUGCGACCACUGGGCUCGACCAAUCUCUGGCACGGCAUGCUGGACGCAAUCAAGCUCUUCACCAAGGAGCUGAGCCGCAGCCACCGGGUGCCGGCCAUGAUGGUGCUGACAGACGGAGAGCCGAACCACAUGUGCCCGCCCCAGGGGUACAUCCCGAAGCUGAGGGCCAUGCCUCCGCUGCCGGCCACGAUCCACACGUUUGGCUUUGGGUACACUCUCCGAUCCGGGCUGCUCAAGUCCAUUGCCGAGUUCAGCGGUGGCAAUUACGCCUUUAUCCCGGACGCGGGCAUGAUUGGGACCGUCUUUGUUCACGCCGUUGCCAAUCUGCAGUCUACGUUUGCAACCAAUGCUUCGUUGACUCUCAGCUAUGCGAGCCCUGUCAAGGUCGAGCAGACAACUGGUGACGCUGUGAAUCAGCAGGCGCCGGUUGAAUUCGGAUACCGGCAGAGGAAACUGACGAUAUCGUUGGGAAACAUUCAGUAUGGACAGUCGCGCGACCUUUGGCUUCGUCUCAGGGGCGCUACACAGGAAAAGCAGGCCUCGGACUCGGUCCUACUCGAGGCCACUCUCGCCUUUGAGGAGGCAGGGAGGUCAUCAUCAUCAUCAUCAUCAUUAGUCUCAGCAAGACUCGGCGGCAGCGAUGCACUUGAUGCGGAGACUCUCUCGCCUGCCGAAAUGGCCUACCAAGAGUCGCGAGCACUCAUCCUCAGCUUCAUCUCAACCCUGUUCCCUCUCGCAUCAGACGGAGAAUACAAGUCCCUGACACUAGCCAAUCAACAAAUCAAGAAACGAGAAGAACUGUCGCAGCUCAUCGAAACUCUGCCCAGCGGAGACUUCGCCGACAACCUAAACAAAUCCUUGCUGGAAGAUCUCUGCGGAGAGCAUCCCAAGGGCCAAAUCAGCCUCGCCCUCUCCACGCCGCACUUCUUCACCAAAUGGGGCCGGCACUAUCUGCCGUCGUACGCAAACGCCCUCAGCCGCCAGAUCUGCAACUCGUUCAAGGACUCGGCGCCGCUGCAGUUCGGCUCCGAGAGCCCGCUCUUCAUCGCCUGCCGCGACAGGCUGGACACUGCCUUUGACAGCAUCCCCGCCCCUGAGCCGUCCAGAGUCGUCUUGAGCAGCAGCAGCAGCCGCCGCCGUCGCCAAUCUUCUGGCGGAGGAACCACAUCUCACACUACUACUACUACCACUACUCAGCCUUCGUCCAUGGCCAGGUAUCGCAAUUCGUCGGGCGUGUGCUUUGCCGGCUCGACCGCCGUGGAACUGGCCUCGGGCAGGGUCACGGAGAUUCGAAGGCUGAGGCACGGCACUCGCGUGCGCACGCCCCUGGGAUCGAAAAAGGUGGCCAUGGUCCUCAAGACAAAGGUAUCAAACGAGACGCUGUGUCGCAUCGGCUCGGUGCUUGUCACGCCGUGGCAUCCUCUCUCGACGGACGGCAAAGGCUGGGACUUCCCCGCCAGCAUGUCGGAUGACGCGGUUCUUUAUACUGGCAGCAUAUACUCGGUCCUCCUGCAGCCUGACAGGAGGCCGGAUGCCCAUGCCAUUCGCGUGGGCGAUGCCUGGGGCGUCACGCUGGGACACGGCAUCAUGCGAGGCGACGACGCUCGCGCCCACGGGUUCUUUGGCGACUACCGGAGAGUGAAGUCGGGGUUGAUGAAGCUGGACAGCGCCGGCAGGAAAGGCGUCGUCCAGGGGCGAGGCAUCGAGCGAGAUGCAAUGACGGGGCUCGUCAGGGGCUUCAGGCGGACUGGAAUCACAAAAGGGGGGGGGGGGGGGGGGGGGCAGCACAGACAUCUAGUGACAGACGCUCUAUUGCACGGUUCUGAACUUACUACCAAGUAA